AUGCAGGGGACCACCAUGCUGUUUCAGAAGGGAGGCUCGAAUAUCAGCUGCUGCUCAGUUCUUAGCAAACAACACAAGCGAGGUAGCAGUGCAGACCGAGAAAAACCUCUAAGCAAGUUCUUCAAAACUCUUCCAGAGAUGCUGCUGGGAAAUAAAACUCGUCCAUCCUCUGCUGCAGGCAAAAUCCAGACCCAAAAUGUACCCAGUCUUCUGACUGAGCUCAGACCAGUGCGUGGUACCACUGCCUACAGCUUGUCAAGACAAUCCCGAUGUAGGGGUGUAGGUGUUGCAGUCCUGAGUGGAAGAUCUGACCUGAGUGAGACAUGUUCUGAGAAAAGCCCAAAGCCAGAGUGGCUGGAAAGGGAACUUCUAAGGCAAAAGCACAGACGGCAUUCAAUCACUUUCGGAGACAAUGAGAAAUUCACCCAGCACUGUGUCCGUAGUCCUUGCUUCUCUAAAUUCAAGAUCGAGCAGAAGGUGUCCCUUGAAAGUCUCACAAAGCUGAAAUUGGCAUUUGAGGAGUUUGAAAAGGCCGGCACCAGAUUUCUGGAUCUCCCGCACUUUCGUCUUGUUAUUAAGAAGUGUUUGGGUUUGCGUGCCAUUAAUGAUGCACAAAUCCAUGAGCUCUUCAAGAAGAUUGAUUACACUGGACGAAGCAGCAUUGGAUGGGAUGAGUUCUGCACGUACAUGCAGCUGGAGUACACAGAAAAAGUGGAGUCGGUGGUCCGAGGUAAGCAAGCAGCCUUCAUGCUGCCAGCCAGCACAAAGCCACUGACACAUGGUGAGCCAAUUCUGAGGAUCCAUCCGACCCCUGAUGGAGCCGUAGUGACUGUGAGAGAAGAUGGGACAGUCAACUACUGGAGCUCCAAACUUCAGCUGAGGAAGAACAAAAGUGUGUUUUAUGAACGUCCCAUUGGACGGACACCAAAGUGGGCCACGGAUUUUAUCACAAUGCCGCAGUACAACAAGCUGAUCAUUGCAACAGGGGACAGAGAAAUCCAGCUGUAUGAACUUUCUUCACUCGAACCUUACUGUCAGAUAAACUCCCUGGAAACCAUUCCUCUGAAAUUAGACUACUGCCAUACUGGCCCUGAUGAAUGUGCUAUCAUAUACGGGGAUAGUCAGGGCUGUGUGAAUAUCAUACUAAUGACAUCUGUGGGGGAGACACUGAGGAUGUGGAAGAAAUUGAUGAAGGUUGAAAAUAUGCCCAGUAUUGGCAUUGAUUAUGCAGUCCAGUCUCCAAAUGUAACGUAUAUUAGAUGGAAAGUCCAUCAAGACUGGGUAAAUGAGCUGAAAUACAUAAAAAACAUUCCUGCCAUUGUAUCCACGUCAAACCACGAAGCCUCCGCUCUUGUUAUUGGUUGCAUUCGACCAUCCAUCAAUGUUGAACAGCAGUUAAAGGAGAUUAAGGAGAUGUGUGAGGGUAAACCCAAAAAAGUGUCACUCAGCAUCAGCAGCCCUCAAUCAAGAGCACCCUGUGACCAGACCAUCUUUUCCAUAUAUAAAGGAGUAAAGACUUUUGACCUGUGCAAGAGGCACAAUCUCCUGGUUACAGGCGGGAUGGACAGAAUAAUACGCAUGUGGAAUCCUCAUUUUCCAGGGAGGCCCACAGGCAAUCUGAAAGGUCAUACUGCUCCCAUCUUCUAUCUCUGUAUCUCCUCAGAGGACAGCCGCAUUUUCUCCGUCUCCACAGACAGCACUGCCAAGAUAUGGGACAUCCAAGAUCAGUGCUGUCUAUUUGAUGCCCACCCAAAAGCGAGCUGUCUGCAUGGAGAGCUGUCGGCCUGCCUGUACUCCUCUGCAGUGAAGAGCCUUUAUCUAGCCACUGAUUCACUCUCCUUCCUCUCCCUCAAAACCAAAUCACAGCCUGAAGGCAGCCGUAUCAUUUCCCAUAAGGAGGCAGUACUCUGCUGCGGAUACAGUCAAGAGUUUCGGCAGGUGGUGAGCUGCACUGAAGCAUCAAUCAUUAAAGUCUGGGAUGUGGACACAGGAAGUCAGCUCUUUGAGUUUGGAGGCGCUCAUGGAGUCUCUGCCAUAACCUGCAUGGCGUUUGAUCCAAAAGGAAGAAGACUUGUAACAGGUGGCAGAGAUGGCUGUCUUAAAAUCUGGAACUUCCACAAUGGCCACUGCCUGAAGAUAUUGAGACGAGAGGAUGAAAGCACUGAGAUCUGCGACUGUUCCUAUCUGCAAAUGCACAGGAACACAUUUGUGAUGUCGGUUGGCUGGGGUCGAAGGAUUGACGUUUACUUAGACAUACUGGAUGACACUCAUCAUGUUCAUAGGCCACAACCAUCAUGGCAUGAAGAUCUGAAAAAGGGACACAAAGAGGACAUUUUGUGUAUAGCCCAGUGUUCUCCCUCUCUGAUUGCUACUGGCAGCUAUGACGGAGAAAUCAUUGUGUGGAAUGUGGUGUCUGGACACAUCCUGUGCCGCUUUCUUACACCUCUUCCUGCACACACAGACCACGCUCAAGUUGUGAACAGAAGUGUGCUGAGUCUCGUCUUCUUAAAGACCCGGGCAUUAGAUGCUGACUUCAGUUCAGCUGCAUCUCUUGUGUCCUCUGGGGCUGAAGGUUUUGUUCAUUUCUGGAACGUGUUGAAUGGGGGGAAAUUUUUUACAUCUUUUAAGGCGUCUAGACACCAGAAGCAGGUCACAAAAUUGGUCGUCACACAGGAUGACCAUCUCCUCUUCGCUGCUGAUCAUGUCGGCUAUGUCUGUGUUUACGAGAUUAAGGAGUGUGCCAUCAACCACGAACAAAAGCCUCCAAAAACCAUGAACUUUUGGCGCGCACACAUUAGCAGCAUCACAGGCUUGCACAUCAUCGAGAAUGACCAAGUUCUGCUCACUUCCUCUCUGGACUGCACUGUGCGCUUAUGGAGCAUCCAUGGGGAGUUUAUAGGAACCUUUGGGCAGCCUGAGCAAUGGAGCCUCCAUACUACAUCAUCAUGGCAGCACCCUGCUGUUCCCUAUGAGGUUCUUGUAGAUCCGCUGAGCAUGCCUGCACACACCAUGCUCAAUAGCAAGACGACUCCAUUAGAUAAUCUCAGCUCUGCAAAAUCUGAGGAAACAAGCAGUGAGUUGGAUUCUCCCACCAAAAUCAAAUCCCCAUUGCCAAGCUCCAGUGACCAAGACAUCAGGGAAGCGAUUAACAUCUCCUUUUAUCCUGAAUGUGGGAAGCGACUGCGACAUGAAAUAUUCAAGCACUCUAACAAGCCCUUGAACCACGGGGGCCUUAAGGCCUACCACAAUCUGAGGUAUUUCGAGGUUGUUAAUGUCCCCACUACAUGUGAGAAGCCAGACCUCUCACUCGCAGGGAUCGACCCCUUCAGAAGCAGCUCAGUGGAUGAGAAGACCGCAGGAGAUUCAAGACAGCUCAUGAAACAAUGAGAUUACAACAUGAAUUAUUCUAAAGGACACAUGAGAACAUGGAAAACUCCACAUAGACACUACGUAUAACCUGAGCUCAGGAACUAUGCAGAACGCUGGAGCUGUGAGGCGCAAUGCUAAUCCCAAAUGAAUGAUGUUUUUAAAGCUACUUUAAAAAGGACACACACCCUCAGUGUUGAUACAACAUGUCGCAAAAAUGCAAGAAGUGCUAUUUUAUUUCUGAGUUAUUUAUUUUUGUCUUGUUUGUAGUGGUUUUCUUUGCAUAAGGCAUGUA